AAAGUUCGCGCCACUCCCCAAAGCGGCGACGUCGUCGCGAUCGAUUAAUCUCGAUCGAGCUCGCCUCGAGUUCCAAGAUUUUGGGGGUUAGGAAUUCUCGAACUUCCUUUUGCGUGUGCUUCGGCAAAGAACGUAGAGUCUCAAAAUGACGAACUCCAAGGGUUACCGCAGAGGUACGCGAGACCUGUUCUCGCGCAAAUUCCGCAAGAGCGGAACUUUGCCCCUGUCUACGUACAUGAAAGUGUACAAGGUCGGCGACAUCGUUGACAUUAAAGGUAAUGGAGCUGUCCAGAAGGGUAUGCCUUACAAAGUCUACCAUGGAAAGACUGGACGUGUCUUCAAUGUGACACAGCAUGCUCUUGGAGUCAUCGUCAACAAGAGAGUGCGUGGACGCAUCAUUGCCAAGCGCAUCAAUGUACGUAUCGAGCACUUGAACCACUCCAAGUGCCGUGAGGAUUUCAUCCAGAGAGUCAAGAAGAACGAGGCUCUGAGGAAGGAAGCCAAAGAGAAGAAGGUGAAGAUCAGUCUGAAGAGACAGCCUGCGCAGCCCAGACCAGCGCACAUUGUCAAAGGAAAGGAAGCACCUCAACUUCUUGCGCCAAUUCCUUAUGAAUUUAUCGCUUAAUUCGUAAUAAAUUUAAUUUUUUAAAAUUA